UUCACGUCCAGGGCACCAGGGGAUGCAUGUUGAUGUCAUGUUCCUGCCAAGAUCCAUUGAGGUUGUGUGCCAUUCUGACUCUGGUCCUGCUCUACUCAUUAGCCUUCGCCUCUCCCAACAUCCCCAAAUGUUGUCGUCAACAAACCUGCUCCUGCCAGGUUAUUAAUCUCCUGCAUGGAGCUGGAAACCAUGCAGCUGGCAUCCUCACUCUGGGCAAGAGGAAGACAAGUGCUCAGCCUUUCCAUAGCCGCCUCUAUCACCUCCUUCAUGGCUUAGAGAACCAGGCUACUGGCAUUCUUACAAUGGGCAAAAGACACGAACCUCAGACCCUUUCACUGGAAGAAGUGGGAAGAUGUCAAAAUAUUACUUCACUCCUGGAAACAUAUUUCAGUUGGGUUCUAAACCUAGAUAUACAGACCUAUGCAGAGAUUGAACUGGGCAAUAAAGGUUUAAACCCUAGAGAAUGUUUAAGCCAACUUUUGAAACUAUGUAUGUAUGGACAGCAGUAAUACCUUAGUGACUUAGUUCUUCCAUAUCUGUGGCUUGGAUGGUUUCUGUCCAUUAUCUUGGAGAUAGUUAUCAGUGUUUGUUGGUUUUAAAAAUGGCAGUUUCAAAGAUUAUUGUAGUGCAAAGCAAUCUGAAAAUUUUCCUGUGCCCGAAUGUCUGUAUUGCGAACAUUAAUGUCAAUCUAUACAAAUGUAUCCUUCUGAAAAUAAAGUGAAACUUUAAAGUUUA